UCUCCAUGAAAAGGCAACCACCUCUUGUUCGGCAAGACUGAAUGUUUUGUGGAUAGUUACAUAAGAAAUUUUAUUUACGAUGUCACCCGAAAGCCGUUAUGCAGAUCAAAUAUAUCUGAUCGAAAGUGUUAAAACGCGAUUGUGUUAAAUAUAUAUAUAUUUGACCCCAACUUUCCAAAUAGAGAGAUAUCGUAGAAAACUGGAGAUUUUUUACUGGAUAUUAUAGGCUAUCAAAAUUCAAGCCGUGAACAGGUUUAUGUAACGCCCGACUUGACAAUUAAAUGAUAUCACAGACACGAGGCAGCCAUUUCAUUGUGAUUAUAAAUAGCACGUAUUACAAAGCGGAUUCAAAUUUUAUAUAGUUUUCUUAGAUCAAGCCGUAAACGAAGACGCAGUUCGUAGAAGACAACAUGGGCAUCUCUACACCUAAAGCGUUAAAAACAUUACUUCUACUAAACGUGUUUCUUGUUGGACUUGCAGCUGAAAUUAUUAACACAACUACAACAACCGCGGGGAUUAUUAAAGGUAAAACAAAAACGGUCUCUAUUGACAAUGAUUAUAAAACAGUUGUGGAGUAUUUGGGCAUUCCCUUUGCCGAGCCUCCAGUUGGAAAGUUACGAUUUCAACACUCCAUUUUAAAAUCCAGCAAUUCAACCGAUAUGUUUGAAGCUUUCGAGUAUGGCCCGUCUUGUCUCCAGAUUAAUCCGAUUCUAAUGAGGGCAGUGGAAAAUUCUAGCGAGGAUUGCUUAAGCUUGAAUAUCUUUAGUCCCAUGCCAGUAGGGACAGAAAGAUAUCCCGUCAUGUUUUUUAUCUACGGUGGAGGAUUUGUGAACGGUGCCUCGUCUGAACACGGUGGAAGUAGACUAGCGGCAUAUGGAGAGGUAGUUGUUGUGACCAUCAACUACAGACUUGGAGCUUUUGGAUUUUUAUCUACUGGGGAUGAACGUGCUCCUGGAAAUCUCGGAAUAAUUGAUCAACGAACUGCCCUGAGAUGGGUGAACGCUAACAUUGAUAGUUUUGGUGGAAACAGCUCGAUGAUAACCAUCUUUGGAGAAUCAGCCGGUAGUGCUAGCGUUAUGUAUCACAUGCUAUUUGAGAACGAGACAUUAUUUCAAAGAGCUAUUGCUCAAAGUGGUUCUAUCAAUGCAGCUUGGUCCCAAUCAACACCAGAACGCCAGUUUAAUAAUGCUAAAAAUCUAGCCAUGUUCUUUAAUUGUUCGAUAUCGAGCGAAAGAUCGAAAGCCAGUGAAGAGAUUUUAGGUUGUCUCCAAACACGGAAAGCCGAGGAUAUUUUAUUAUUUGGUUCAGAUUUGUUGACCUCUUCCUGGGUUCCAAUUUUUGAUAAUUCUAAACUGGACACCAUCCAGUGGCCCCAGAAACCCAACCAUACAGGUGAAUUAAAAGAUGUUUAUCAGGGCAGAGAUUUGUUAUUGGGAAUUAAUAGAUAUGAAGGUCAUUAUUUCAUUGAAACAACAUUUAGGAACAUUGGAUCGAUGAUGAAAAAUAGCACAAUUUCAGGAUUGCGCACUCUCUUUAGGCGGUUUUUGAAAAAUCUCAUUACACAGGCCUAUCUUGCAGCCGAUGCUAAUUCGAUGGAAGCCUUGCUUGAUGCCAUGAUGCAUCUUUACACAAAUGCCGAGAAUCCAAAUGAUCUCGCCUUUAAUUUGAAACAAGUUAGUGAUUCCUUAACAGACAUGUGGUUUCUUAUCGCUGCUUAUAAAGAUGCCGCAAGUCAUGUUUAUAUGAAUGAUCAAACCAAAACAUACCAGUAUGAAUUUAACCAUGUCAAUCCCGAUUUGACCCUUGAUAUGGGCAGCGACUGGUUGAAGGGUGCUUCACAUGGCGCAGAACUACCUUAUUUGUUUGGAUUUCCGACAACUUUCACUGCAUUGACCCCACAGAUGGCUGCAAGCCAGUGGUCAUUUUCUAAACAAAUCAUGGAUUACUGGACGAACUUUGCUAAAUCAGGAAACCCGAACAAACCCAGGGCUGUACCACAAGAAUGGAAACUCUACACCAACGAUAAACAAGAGUAUUUGUAUUUUCCCAACUCGGGGAAUCCUGAACUCAAGCAGUUUAUACACGCUAGACGAGUCACAUUCUGGCAGGAUUAUGUUCCUCAACUUCUGAAACGAACAACACUACCACCACCAACACCACCAAGGUGUCCGACUUCAUCUGCAACUCAAACCAGUUUGAAUGGUUUUCUGUAUAUAAGUCUUGUAUUCAUAUUGUUUGUAUUUUACCGACACGGUUGAUAAAUGAUGGAACCAGGGUCGAAUGCUUAUCGUCCAGUCAGUAUUAACGCAUUCGCUAAUCUCAGUCGGUCCCAUCAAAACUGCCCCCUCUUUCGCAGUACAUGGGUUACAUUAUAUAACUGUAUGGACUGGAUAACAAUACAAUAUAAUGUUUGAUAAAUUUUAGACUUGAAUAUCUAUUCUACUCGGGUAAGGAAUUUUAUCGCUUUUUGAAGACUAAUCAUUUAUAAUGGCAAUAUAUUUUGAAUUCAAUAAUGAGACUAACUGCCCUGUGCUACCAAACAUUCUUUGGACUUGUUUUUGAUACAAAGUGAUCCAGUAAAAAGUUACCUAAACACUGUGGUUUAUGAAUGAUAGCUUCCUUAUUUUUUAUUAUUCCUUAAUAAAAGGCAAAUGUAAACUUUCA